AUGUCUAGAAACACUGCUACUGUGAUUUUGUGAAUGCUGCGUUCGUGUUCUACAUAGGUCACGAGAUCGAGUACAGAAUCCAUAGCUGACAUAUUCCGCCUAAAACCGGUCAUUUGGAACGGCAAUAUUCCACUGGAAUCUAACCACCAAUUUAGUCGCUGUAAGACCAUAUGUUCCAUCGUCUUCAUCAGCACGCUAGUGAGGCUCACUGGACGAAAAGAUGAGAUGCUUAGAGGGGAUUUUCCAGGUUUUAAAACAGGCACUAAAAUUGCUUCUUUCCAGACAAGGGGUAUACAACCACUAGCCCAUCAUUGGUUAUACAUAUCCAGUAAAAAGGACAUUGCGUGCUUCCCAAUAUUCGUUAUUGCAGCCGGAGUGAUACCAUCAGGUCCUGGGGCACUUUUUCGCCUGAGCUUUCUCAAUGCCCAUUUUUCACUUUUGUUAAAUGGCAGAUUCAUGAUAUGGUUGUAA